UGAAAUCGUUAUUAAUUUAUAAUUUAACAUAUUUUACUUGAUAAAAGAACUAUUUUUUAUUGAUCAUUGAUUUACAUACAUUGUUAUCCAUACUAGGCAUUCUACAAGGUAGUCACAACUGACUAUGGAUGAUUCAUUAUUUGAAUUAAGAAAUACAGGAAGUUUCUUGUUAACUGGAUGCCCAAAAUUAGACAACUUUCUAAGAGGUGGUAUAUGUCGAAAAGGUAUAACACAAAUUUAUGGUAAAUCUGGAAUAGGAAAAACUCAAUUGGCUCUUCAAUUAUGUAUUACUGCACAAAUUUCAUCAGAUAAUUUUAAUGAUUUUGGAGGAGCUGCAUAUAUUUGUACAGAAUCACCAUUUCCUUCAAAUCGGUUACAUGAGCUAAUUAAUAAAAUUAAUUUAAAAACUAAGUAUCCUAUUUCAAAUGAAAUGAUAUUUAUUGAACAUAUUUCAAACAGUGAAGAUUUAAAAAAUUGUAUUUAUAAUCCUAGAAGACUUCCAAAUCUCUUGUCUCAUUAUAACAUCAAAUUACUUGUAAUAGAUUCCAUUGCUGCUACUUUUAGAGUUGAAUAUGAUUCGGUUUAUUUGCAAAAUAGAGCUAAGAGCUUAAGAAAUAUAGGUUAUCGAUUACAAAAAUUAUCAAGCAUUUAUAACAUGGCUAUUAUUUGUAUUAAUCAAGUAACAGCCCUUGUAGAAACUAGUUCAAUAAAUGUUUCAACUACAGAACUACCUUCUCUUGGAAUAACCUGGGCUAGUAUGAUUACAAAUUCUUUAUAUAUGUUCAGACAAAAUGGACAUCGCUUUCUACAUAUAACAGGAUCACCUUAUUUACCAUGCCAAACGAUCGAAUAUGAAAUACUUGAUUCGGGUAUUAUUGUUAAAAAUACAUAAAAAAAAUUUUUUUUUAAGUA